GCCGGGUCCGAGAGGCCCGGGAGAGCAGAAGUGGACGACUGAUUGUAAGCAAUAAAUGGUUUUCUCCCACUUUAUUUCUCCCUUCGACUGAUUUUCGUUUCAACGAUAUUUUGCCCCGGGAUUUUCCCCCUGGAGUUAGAAGAUCCCAGAGAGAAAGGAGAAGCCAGGAGAGAAGGGAAAAGCCUGAAGAGAGCAGGGGGCAGGGGAACCGGAGCAAAGUCGGGCUGGGGCUUAUGGGUGGGCCCGGGACCAUAGAGGGUUGCUGCGUCACGUUCCUAGAGCGGCCGCCGCCGACUGACGAGCGGCUUGCGCUUCCGGCCGGGCGAGGGGCGCGGCGAAGGAGCCGGAGCGGAUCGCUGGUGAGAGGACGAGAAUUGUGAACUGCAUAGCUCUAGAAAGACAUUAUUAGUUUAUAAGAAGAGAGUAGACUCUUAAUAUAUUUGCCUCUUCGCCAUGAGGUUAGGAAAACCUAAGGGAGGAAUUUCUCCGAGGUCAAGCCAAGGAAAAGCCUUUGUGAACCAACGCAAAACCAGCAACAGAAGGCAGAAAUGGGGAAUGACUGUUCAGUUUGACUCAAGCUUAAGUAGACUAAGAAGAAGUUUGGAUGAGAAGCCCUUUAAGUGCACUGAAUGUGAAAAGAGUUUCAGUCAGAGCUCAACUCUUUUUCAACACCAGAAGAUUCAUGCUGGAAAGAAAUCCCAUAAAUGUGCUGAUUGUGGGAAAAGUUUCUUCCAGAGUUCAAAUCUCAUUCAGCAUCGACGGAUCCAUACUGGGGAAAAGCCCUAUAAAUGCAAUGAGUGUGGCAAGCGGUUUAAACAGAGCUCAAAUCUUAUUCAGCACCAGAGAAUUCACACUGGAGAGAAACCCUAUCAGUGUGAUGAAUGUGGCCUAUGUUUCAGCCAGAGUUCCCACCUUAUUCAGCACCAGAGAACCCACACUGGGGAGAAACCCUACCAGUGCAGCGACUGUGGCAAGUGCUUCACCCAGAGCGCCCAUCUCAGGCAGCAUGUGAAAGCGCACAAAGAAGAGAGGCCUCGCAAAGCCCAGGCCAAAAAUCUUAGGGCAAAAUCUCCCUUAGUAUCAUCUUGGAAAGCUGGUACAGGCAGGAAGUCAGUGGCUGGUCUCCGCUAAGUAAAGGACACUGCUUCAGCCCUUUUAAAAAAGAAAAACUAUCUCUUUUAGAACUAGAGAUAUUUUAUAAUAAAGUACUUAAAUGUUGUGCCCUUUAACAGCAUGGAGACUCUGGGAGUUUAAUUAGAUAUUGGGCUGAAAGAAAUUCACAAGUCCAGCUCUCCUCUUUCUUUGUUUUUUGAUGAGGCAUAGAAUACAAAUAAGCUAAGAUAUGUUUUGAGAGAAUAUAAGAUACUUUAUGUCACUUGAAAUUGCUUCCUGUAUCAUUUUGACAAAAUCAUGUUUUAAUGACACGUGUGCAGGAAUUCUGAUGACUACUCAAUAUUAGGAUUUUUUUAAUGGAGUAAUUAAAGGCAGAAGAAAUUAAUCUCAGUUUUGGAAUUCUGCAACAGAUGAGAUUGUAAAGUUUUGUAUAUUAAUCAUGUUUUGUAAGUACGACUCAAGAUUCAACAUACUAAAAAAUGUGUUGAUGUUCAGAUUUUUGAUCAAGGCCCAUCGCUCUGUGUUAGCUCUCUUGCUUCUUCCCUUCUGCCUAUGAAUAGUUAUUAAAGGAAUAGAAUUUCUCUGUUUUUCACCAAGCUCCUUGAGAUACUCUAGAAGCCAGAGUGAGAAGCAUAUUAGGUCACAAGUCUCCUAUUCCUACUAGUACUGGCUUUGUGAUGGUGUUACACCAUGUCUCUUGUUUUCAGGAAGUUGGGGUGGGUUAUGUUGAUCUGUCCCAUGCCUUUGACUUCUUUUGGCAUUUUCUUAUGCUCUGGCAAACUGAUCUAGCCCUUUUGAUCUGCAUGAAUAAAUAAACCUGUAUUAUAGCAAAGUAAUCUCAACUUGCUAAUUAAAAAUCUACACUUACCUGCUUUCCCCUUUGUGAACUUUAAGUAAUUCAGAUUAUCUUAAUGUUUGUCAGCAGCAAAAGUCAUUUGAUUCAAUUGUGAAUACAUUGUAGCUCAAUGUAUAGAUUUUGAAAUCUAGGCUAACUUUUUGAGUUAUUUGAAUUAUUUAUGAAGUCUAGUAAACAUAGUUCUUAACUUCCAUGAGAAUAGUACCAAACAUCAGACAUCCUGAUCAACAUUCAACUCAGGUUUUAAUUUCUGUUGAAUUCUAACAUUCUUCAGAUUUUUUGUAUCUUUUAUAACCAUACCAAUUCCUGCUGUAUUAAUGAUAGCCAUAAAAUAAAAAUUUUUUAAAGUGGA